CGCAGACAGGCCACCACCCUCCAUCUGUCCGUAGCGUUCUUUCAGAGCUCUCGGAAAGAAACUGCACUUCUACUUGAACUCCUCACGCAAAACCCACCAGCCUCGCAUAUUCAUAUUCUCAGCGUCUACACACAUAUACCAUGGUAUCCAACGGAACCAACGGGUCGCAAACCUCUCUGGAAAACAGUGCUACCGGCCCGGGACCUUACGGCAAGCAGACAGACACCCUCAGUCGCAUAUCCAACUUCUCGAUUAUAGAAUCGACACUGCGAGAGGGUGAACAAUUUGCGAAUGCGUUCUUCGAUACAGAGACCAAGAUCAAGAUCGCCAAGGCAUUAGACGAAUUUGGGGUGGAAUACAUCGAACUCACGUCUCCGGCGGCGUCUGAGCAGUCUCGACAAGACUGCAUAGCAAUCACCAAGCUCGGCUUGAAGGCUAAGAUUCUCACACACGUCCGAUGCCACAUGGAUGAUGCGCGAAUCGCUGUUGAGACAGGGGUAGACGGUCUGGACGUUGUCAUUGGGACUUCAUCGUUCUUGAGAGAAUUUUCCCACGGCAAGGAUAUGGCGUAUAUCACACAGCAAGCAAUCGAAGUUGUGAACUUUAUCAAGAGCAAGGGAUUAGAGGUCCGCUUCUCGAGUGAAGACUCGUUUAGGAGCGAUCUCGUCGAUUUGCUGAACAUUUACCGGGCUGUGGACAAGAUUGGAGUGAACCGCGUCGGCAUUGCGGACACAGUCGGAUGCGCCAAUCCUCGACAAGUCUAUGAGCUAGUGCGAACACUUCGUGGAGUCGUCUCCUGCGAUAUCGAAUGCCACUUCCACAACGACACAGGUUGCGGUAUAGCAAACGCGUACGCGGCAUUGGAAGCAGGCGCGACCCACAUCGACACAUCCGUACUCGGCAUUGGGGAGCGGAAUGGUAUCACUGCUCUUGGCGGCUUUUGCGCUCGCAUGUACGUCGCGGACAAGGACUACGUUAUGCAGAAGUACAAGCUGCACAAGCUGCGAGAGAUCGAGAACAUUGUGGCCGAAGCUGUCCAGGUUCAGGUACCCUUCAACAACUACAUCACUGGAUACUGUGCGUUCACACACAAGGCUGGUAUUCACGCCAAGGCGAUUCUGAAUAACCCGAGCACUUAUGAGAUCUUGAAGCCGGAGGACUUUGGAAUGACAAGAUACGUCUCGAUUGGGCACCGUUUGACAGGCUGGAACGCCGUCAAGAACCGCGUGCAGCAGAUUGGUCUCAAGCUUAACGACGAAGACGUUAAGGCCGUGACCGCCCAGAUCAAGGAGCUAGCUGACGUGCGACCGCUGAACAUCGACGAAGUCGACACACUGCUCCGUCGCUUCCACGACGAUAGAAAGGUCGGAUUGGACUCGGACAUAAGCGCCUCUCUGCUAUCCAGGUCGGAUGAUGAGGAAGAGGCGCUGGGCGCGAACAACGCUUGAGGGGUGAUUGGCAUCGGCGCAGGUUCCAGUUGUCUUUUUGGCGUUCGUAUCUUGUCAAUUGGACCUCGCGGCGGAGACAUCUUGAUGCAUGCCCCUAGUUAUCCCCAUGUACCU